AUGCCUGUUGAGUGGCUCAGGGAUUCGUACUUUGAUGUCACUGGAUUUGUCUUUCGGCCUCAAACCUACCAUUACUGGUUGCCAAAUGAGCGCAAGGGAGGAAGAGAGAUCCAUUCAUUUGGGAAGGGACCUAUCAUCGUUACAAGAAAUGGGAAAAAGUAUUUGCCAUUUGCGAUGAUGAACACAUUAAGACUCAUAAAGACCUAG